AUGCGAUUCAUUCACAGAACGACCAUGGAAACAUGCAGUCAUAAAUUACGUGUCCUGCGAUCAUAUAAUGUAUGUACUGUAUGUAUAAAGGCUAGUAUACCCCAUUCAUUUAAAGCAUUGUACGAGUCAAGGCAUAACCAAUUGGAGCCAAUACAAACGAAGUGCUAAGUGCCCCGGUUUCUAAAGAAAGCAGCGGAGCUACGAGAGUCAGAACACAAGCCAUUGUUUGACACUGCAGGCGACAGGUGAAGAGGACCCUGAGGUAGAGGAGAAGGAGGAAGAGGAGAACAACAGACCAGGGCUCCACCCUCAGAGCGUAGCCUGCCACAGAACCCAGGAUCCUACCAGCAUGGCAGAGAGCUCAGCGUCAGUUGCGGAGGCCGAAGUGUCCUUCAAGAAGUUUGCGGUGCACGGAGACACCAAGGCUACCGGGAAGGAGAUGAAUGGGAAGAACUUCGCCAAACUCUGCAAGGACUGCCGAGUCAUCGAUGGCAAGAACGUCACGGCAACGGACGUUGACAUCGUCUUCACCAAGGUCAAGGCGAAAACAGCGCGCAUAAUCACCUUUGAGCAGUUCAACCAGGCGCUGGUGGAGCUGGCGCCCAAGCGCUUCCGAGGCAAGGACCAGCAGGAGGCGCUGCCGCUGCUCUACGGCCUCAUCGCUGGCAAGGGGCCCGCCAACGUGGGCGUCACCAAAGUGGCGAAGGCCGCAGCGGUGGACAGACUGACGGACGCUACGAAGUACACGGGCUCCCACAAGGAGCGCUUUGACGAGUCCGGAAAAGGCAAGGGCAAGGCCGGGAGGGAGGAGCUUCCAGACACCAGUGGAUACGUGGGCGCCUACAAAGGUCAAGGUUCAUACGACGACAAAGUGAAGGAGGCCUAGUCAAACUGGAGCUUACGUCAUAGGUUGAGUCGCUCCAGAGAUGGGGCAUAUAUAGGCCUGUGUAUGUAUAAAUAAAUCAUCAUAAUAUAUGCAUCAUCAGUCGGUGAUAAGAACAAAUCUUUGCUCGACAUUGCUACAGAAUAAGAACAAAGCUACUAAUAAAAAGAUUAUUUAAAGUUUUAGGUUUAAUAUAAUAUGUAUUUAAUAUACUCAGCAACAUAUGUCGGGAAGAAAAUUGCUAACACGUUCAAUACUGCCAGCGACGCUAACACUAGACAUUUGCGAUUGAAUCAUUGCUUUUAAUACAAAGAUUUUAAUCCAAAGCCACCCAAGGUAAAUACCGAUACAGCAUUUAGGGGCUAGGACAUUUGGAUAAAGGAUGCUUAAACAUCCUAAAAUGAUAUGUUCCCCAAACAAGAGAUCUCUGUUCCAGACACUAAUCGGAAAAGAGGAAACGGAAAUCUUAACAUAAUUGCAUUAACUAAAUUUGUUGUGAAGUUACUAUAGCUAUUUCAGCUAUGGAAUAGUUUUGAAGCAAUGAUAAUGUUUAUUAUCGCACUUCCUAGUUAAGAGCUUCAACAUGUGACUUGCUGUUCGUGAAUAAAUCCUUAAACAUAUGUUUUGUUGGCAAAUAAUAAAAUAGUUUCACUCUGUGUCCCAGUUU